CGGGCCUCCCGGGGACGCGCCGGAAGUGCGCCCCGCGCCUGCGCGCGAGGGAGGCGGGUCCGCGACCGGCAUGGCGGAGCCCGAGCGGGACCCGGAGCAGAUCCGUCUGAAGUGCGUCCGCAAGGAAGGCUUCUUCGCGGUGCCUCCGGAGCACAGGCUGGGACGGUGCCGGAGUGUGAAGGAGUUUGAGAAGCUGAACCGCAUCGGGGAAGGCACCUACGGCAUUGUCUAUCGUGCCCGUGACACCUUGACCGAUGAAAUUGUGGCCCUGAAGAAAGUGCGGAUGGACAAGGAGAAGGAUGGGGUCCCCAUCAGCAGCCUUCGAGAGAUCACACUGCUCCUUCGCCUUCGCCAUCCAAAUAUUGUGGAGCUAAAGGAGGUGGUCGUGGGGACCCACCUGGAGAGCAUCUUCCUGGUGAUGGGUUACUGUGAGCAAGACCUGGCCAGCCUCCUAGAGAACAUGCCAACGCCCUUCUCUGAAGCCCAGGUCAAGUGCAUUGUGUUGCAGGUGCUAAGGGGCCUCCAGUACCUGCACCAGAACUUCAUCAUCCACAGGGACCUGAAGGUCUCCAACUUGCUCAUGACAGAUAAGGGCUGUGUGAAGACAGCGGAUUUCGGCCUGGCUCGGGCCUAUGGCGUCCCGGUGAAGCCGAUGACCCCUAAGGUGGUCACUCUUUGGUACCGAGCCCCCGAGCUGCUGCUGGGAACCACCAAGCAGACCACCAGCAUCGACAUGUGGGCCAUGGGCUGCAUCCUGGCCGAGCUGCUGGCACACAAGCCCCUUCUGCCUGGUACCUCCGAGAUCCAUCAGGUGGACCUGAUAGUGCAGCUGCUGGGGACACCCAGCGAGAGCAUUUGGCCGGGCUUCUCCCAGCUGCCUCUGGUCGGCCAGUACAGCCUGAGGAGGCAGCCCUACAACAACCUCAAGCACAAGUUCCCGUGGCUCUCGGAGGCCGGCCUGCGCUUGCUCAAUCUCCUCUUCAUGUAUGACCCAAAGAAAAGGUGCCUGUCCCCUGGGCCUCUGGAAGAGGGCUCUUCAGAAACAGGGCGACAGCCAGGGACUGCUUGGAGAGCUCCUACUUCAAAGAAAAGCCUCUGCCCUGCGAACCAGAGCUCAUGCCCACCUUCCCCCAUCACCGCAACAAGAGGGCCACCCCAUCCACGGCCACAGGCAUCGAGGGCCAGAGCAAGCGCUGCAGACCCUGAGAGGCCAGCAGGUCAGCUGCGGGCGGGGAGGCCCUUGGUGGAGACUGGCCAGCUGCUCCAGCUGACUGCACCGCCUCCCGCCGCCCCAGGAGCAGGGUGUGGACAGGGUGGUGGGGCAGGGGUGGUGCACCUGGAGAGCCAGGACACAGAGGCUGUUCCUGCCCUGGCCGUGGCGGCACCGUCUGGCGACUACCUGGUUCCUGCUCCUUGCCGUGCCCUUGGCUGCUAGAUGCACAAGACCUUCAUUUCCCAGAAGCAAACAUCUGCUGGGACCAUCUCAGUGGGUGUCGCUGGCUCGGGAUGAGGAGACCUGCAUGGCUCCUUGUGGCUCCUCCUGGUCACCAGGCUCUGCCUGGGGCAGCGAGGGGCUGAGGUGACCUUGGGAGGCCUGGCAGAACCCUAAGUGGGAAGGAGGGAUCAGGUGUGGAGCACAGCCCGUCUGGUGGGCUGGGGUCUGGGCCAUGACCGGUAGAGGCCCCAAGAGCAAGGGUCCUGGGAUUGGGGCUGAGUCCCACCCCCACCCCACAGAGGCCCAGGGGGAAGGCGUAUGGCUGGUGCUAUCAGGAGCACAGAGAUAAAAGCUUUCCUAACAGACA